UUGACAUUUGAACAAUAUCAAUUUGACAGUUUACUGAACUAAGCACAUGGGUUCAUAAAAUUCAAAGUUUCUGUUUUAAAUUCGAUAAAUAAAAUUGAUGACGAAAUAAAACCGAAAACUUAUUAUUUAUUUAUCAAUAUUUAUUAAUAUAUAAUUUAAUAUACCAAAGCCAAGACCAUGAAAUUCAUUAUAGAUUUAGUGUCCAAGCAUUCCGGUCGAAUCGGAACUCUAACCAAAUCUGAUUUUGAAUUAAAAACACCACUUGUUUUGCACUAUACAAAGGUUGGUUCUGUUCCACACUUAAGCAGAGAAGUUUUCGAUAUGAUUACAACGGAGAAGCAAGGCCUUCAAGUAUCUCUUGAAACGACAAGUAUAAUGGAAGAAGCUCUUACGUUUUCUCAAAAAGGCAUUGCAGAAUUCGCUGGAUUAGAUCACACCUUCAGCUUAGUUACGCUUAAAGAUACAGGCGCCAUAACUGAAUCUUUUUAUUCCCGUAAUUCCGUAGCAAUUUUGACGCGUGCCGGAAAAAUAUCAAUAACACCCGAAAAAUACAUGAAAUUGGUCGAAACAUUCAAACCAGAUCUAUUCCAUACACUCUGCGAUGGUGAUACAAAUGAGUCGAGUGGAAAUAAACGGAUAUUUAACGCUGUGAAACGUACAGAAAGUUUUUUCCAAACUUGUGCCUCGCUAUACCAAACCUCAGCAUCGCUAGCUGGAUCGAUGCUUUUAGCACCUAUCGAAGGCGGAUACAGUAUACAGAAUCGAGAAGCAACGAUAAAACUGCUCAACGCAUACGAAAAUCAAGAAAUUAUUGGUGGAUAUUUUCUAGACGGAUUUCACAGCAAUGGCAACAGCGCCAAUCAAGUCGAUUCAAACAAGGUGUGUGAUAUUAUAGAGAAAUGCAAUGCAUUACUUCCGACGAACAAAUUGAAAGUCAUGCUCGGUGCAUAUAGCCCAACGCUUAUUAUCAAAUUGAUUCAACUAGGAGUGGAUGUAUUCGAUACUACUUACGCCUAUUUAAUGACAUCUAUCAAUCAAGCACUUACCUUCAAUUUUGAUUUGGAUACAAACGUUGAGCCAGACUCACAUCAGUUUUCAAUCGAUUUAUCGGAUCCAAUUUAUAAAGAUCAAUUCGAACCGUAUGUGAAAGGAUGUAAAUGUUUGGCUUGCCGAAAUCAUACAAGAGCAUAUACGCAACAUUUAGUGAAUACCAGAGAACUCUUAGCACCCAUUCUAAUUAUGAUUCACAACACACAUCACUACUUGGAAUUCUUCAAGGCUAUUCGGCAAAACAUUGCCAACGAUACGUUACCAUCACUGUCGAAUUUAGUGAGCGAACAACAAGCCAAAUACGACCUAAAAAGAAAUGAGCAAAUGAAAAAGCAAAACGGUGCUAAAGAAAUUAGCUGUAUUAGUACUGAAUCAAAUCAAUCACCAUUCAAAAAGCUGAAAAAUGCCGCAAAUGAUUGAAAGCAAAACGAGUAAAUUUAAUUGAAAACUUUAUUUCAUUUGAAAUAAAAAUUGUUUAAUGAUUCAUUAAUAAAAAAAAAAAUGUUAAUGAAUGCGAAACCAAUAAAAUUUGCUUACCUACUA